UUUCUUUUUCUUGUAUAUAGUAUAUGCAUAAAAGAUUUUCAUAUGUUAAAAUUAGUUCGGGAUAAAUUGUUAGAAAUGUGCUUUAGUUAUUGACAAUGUUAUUAUAUGGUAAUGAAAUAGCGUGGAUCUAGGCUUUUGGAACUUAAAUCUUGUUUGUUUUGGUUGAGAAAAUAAUAAUUACCUUUGCCCGGCCAAAAGAAACGAAAGAGAGAUUAAUUACCUUUACCAAAAAUUAAAGAUAUACUUAAUAACGUUAACUGCAUGGGUACAUGCACCACAAUUUAUUUUGAUGAUCCUCGCAUUUAAAUAAACAAAAAUAAACCAAUCUAACUCCAUCUCUGAAUUUGCACUUAUCAAAUUUGUAUCUAUUUAUCUCUUGAAAUUAAUAGUACUACGUAAAAAGUAUCUAAAGGAAAAGUAGAAUCCGCUUUUGCCAAACUAAAGGUGACACACUCUUAUAACUUAUAAGUAUAUAAACAACCUAAACCAACACACAAAGGAUACUGAUAAGCAAGCAAUGGACAUUUCUGCGCAGAGAUUUGCUAUGAACGGAAGAAGCAUGAGACUCCCUCCCGGGUUUCGGUUUGAUCCCGAUGAUGAAGAUCUUGUGUUCGAGUAUCUCGCCAAGAAGGUCCUCCACCGUCCAAUGGACUUCGAUCUCCCUGAGCUCCGUUCUUGCAAUGUUGAUCCUUGGGACUUGCUAGGAGAGAAGAACAAGGAAGUGUAUUACUUCGUGAAGAAGGAAGAGCGAGAGAGGAAGGGAAGAGAGACGUUAUCGGGUUAUUGGGAAGAGUGUGAAGAAGAAGAAGUAAUGGAGGCUGGUGAUCGUGAUUGUAUUCAUUUAGAAGGAAGGAGAAAGACAUUUGCUUUCUAUAUUGGAAAAAAACCUCGCGGAACAAUAACUCCAUGGAUCAUGUACGAAUUCCGACUUCUUUCCUCUAGAGCUACAAGGUGGUCAUCGUCCCCUCUACCUCGGGGUGAGGUAGGGAAAUGGAGGGCGGUGAAAGUGGUGGUUAAGGAAGAGAAUGAGGAAGAGAUGGUGGAGGAUGAGCACGAGUCUGACGAGUCUGAUGGCGAGGAAGUUAUUCAAAGCCGGUGACCACCGAGGUUGAUGCCAUAUAUAUAUGUACUUGGUUUUGUGGUGAAUCAUUUGGAUUUAGUUAGUAACUAAGUAUUGUUAGCAUAUUAGGGAACAUCUAAAUGAAAUAUAUAUGCUUGAUUUGUCUUAAUUAUUGUCUUCCAAGCCCUUUGGAAUGGAAUGUAAUUGAGGAUGUGGUGAAAGAUGCCACAAGUUGCUUUCACUCUCCGGUCUUAUUUUGUUCAUGUCCAAUUAUAUAUAAAGAAAUUUUCAUUAUUAAUUA